GUGCUUUUCUAUAAUUAAAAAUUAUAGUUUAGUGAGUGAAAUGCAUUGCAAUGACUCUCUAGAUAAUUAUCAAUUUUGCGUAUAAGAAGAAAAGUGGUUCAAGGCAACACACUAACAUUGCUAAAGAAGGAAAUUUCUUCUCUCAUCGUGACAUGGAAUGAUGUAAAAAGCAUCAAGAACAGAAAAAACUGAAGAAGGAAAACGAAGAAAACUUGAACAUCCUUCAACGAGAAAAAGAAAACAAGAAAUUCAGUCAAUGUUUUGCAAUUGUGUGGGUGUAUGAAGUUCAUGCACUAAUGCGAAAAUUUUUGUGGGUGAAGUGAAAAGCGGAACCAAACGAACGAAAAAUUAUAAAUAAAAACUAUUUUCAAGAACGAGUCUUGUCAUGAAACGUGAUAAUGUUUGAACAAACGACUCAUGCUACAUAGUGGACAAAAUAAUGUUAUUAUCGAACAAAUAUUUUGUGGUAGCUUAGUGAGAGUGAAAGCAAAAUAAAGCAAAAAAGAAACUAGGAAGAAGAAGAGUCAUAAAAGAGCAUCAAAAACAUAUCAAAUUGAUUUAAGCCCGCCGUCAAUCAGGAUCAGAAAUAUCUGAGCUAAUAGUUUUUGCUUCCACCAUUGUCAUCCUUUCACUUACUUACUUCCUCUGCUUUCAAUUUAUUUUGUAAGCGAAAACGAAUUGACUUGUCGUCAAUGGAUAACGAAAGCCGAUAUUAAUUUCAAGGAAAAAAAGACAUUUGCUGAUAAGUUUGACAAGGCUACAACUAGCUAAGUAUCUACGACAAAAAGUGCCGACGACAGGCGAAAAGAAAGAAAACUAAAGGAAGGAAUAGUAAUUGAAAUUAGAAAUUGGACACUAUCCAAACGAGUCAAAUAAAAGAUGAUCGAUAUGCGACAGUUCAGUAUUCUUGUUGUUGUUACUGUUAGGCUGUUUAUUUGUUAUGCUGCUAUAUCCACAGAGUUGGUCGAAGAGUGGGGCUGUUAUGAGAGCGAAUUUAAGUUGACUUGCAAUCACAUUGACUCGACGGUUGGAAUCCUUGAAGCGACAUUCACACCGAAUUGUGAGGGAAGCAACGGCAAAAGCAAUAAACUUUGUUUACUUCUGAUUCAGAAUUAUGAUGAGGGACAAAACAGUAUUAUGAAAGUUAUCGCUCAAUCAUUGGGCAAUAAACUUGAACAUGAAGAAGAAGCAGCAGCAAGAAGACUCCUGGAAGUGUUGCGUAAUGCUCGCCUUAAAGAGCAAGAACAGGAAGAAAACGAAGCACGAACGAGUGAAUAUCGUUCUGAGAUUAACACAACCGACAUUUACGACAUGACGACAUUCAAUGAGAAUGAAACUAGCUCGGUUGACUAUGAAAUGUCACCAAGAAAUGACAAGAGAACAUUAAGAAAUUCUCUUGAGAAGUUAAUUAGUUUAUACCUUACAAAGUUGCGUGAAGAUAGCACCGAGUACAAUCUCAUCGACGAUGAAGAUUCAGAUUCAAGUUCAAAUGAACGUGAACGACGUGAUUUGGGUUUGAGAAAGAAUCGACGACGAAAAUUGAUCCCAGGUCGAUGUAAGACGAUGCGUCGUCGUAUUGGAACGUUGGAUGCCAACGAGAUUGAAAAUUCACUUCGAAACUUCACCAGUUCAGAAUUCAAUAUUAGGAAAUUACUUAAUUAUAGGUGCUCGGGAAAGAACCAUUGUUCAUUUAUCUUUGCCACAGAUCAUCCUUAUGCAAUGUUCUGGGAGAAGGGAACCGUUCACAUCAAAUACAUCUGCAUGGAUGGUUUUCGUGUGAAUAAAUAUUGUGGAGAAUUAUUAAAUAUUGGCAAUGAAGUCACGAGAGAGAAAUCAAACAACGAACAUACUCGUGAACAUUUAAAUGAUUCGGAAGAAAAUUUAACUGAACCAAUUGCACAAGCAAGAAUUCAUUUCGAUCAGAAUUUCCAUCAAUUCACUAAUCUGAAAAUUAUUAAAGCGGAAAAAAGCGAGAGACAGCACAACGCUAGUCAACAACCGGUAAUGCCGCGGGCUAAAAAUAAUUCCGAAGUGAAAAUGUUGAAGAUUUUCGAGAAGGAUAAAAUCCCUAACAAAGUUUAUUCGCAGGAUUACAAAGUAUUAAAGGUUCUCCCCAAUGAACUUCCAAAAGAUCCCGAUAUCGAGAAAGUGAAGAAGGAAGAAUAUCUUUUCAAGAAGGAUGAAGUAACCCCUGUUGAUUCAAAUAUCGCAACAAAUGAAAUUGAUUCUGAAAUGCCUACGGAUGCUGUACCGAAAGAGUCAAACACAACAGAGCCGUUUAUGGAGAUUAUUUCGAGUAUCGUUGAUCCUACGAUUAGCAAUGAGAUUGAUAGGAAUCCCCAGGGAACGACUGAUGGCCUCCAAAUAAUGAUAAUCGAACGUAAAGACUUAGCAAAGACUGUGACGCAUCAGGCACCGGUGGAAUUAAAUGUUUUACCAACGCCUGAUGGAUCGAUUGAUGAAAUGAGGGCCAAGAUUGAAGACGUUACUGUCUUCUCCAACGAAAUUGAUUACAGUGAUAACGAAAAAUAUGUUAACUUGUCUAAUAGCGGUGUCUUAGAGGGAAGUGUUUUUGACACUUUCCGUUUUGAAGAAGACGACAAGGAUAAUGAUUCUGACUCUGAAAUAACAAGCGAUGAAGAUUAUAGUACUGAAAUUAUAAACCCUACGAGCCCGACAUUUUAUUCAAGCCGACAACGUUCCAUGCCAAGUAGCACACUUUUGCAUGGCUUCAUUACUAAUCCAGGUUACCCAUCGUUCUACAUUGGCAAGAACAAUGAAUGCAGAUCAAGAUUAAAUUUAACGGAUGGACAAAGCAUUGCUUUGACCAUUUUGGAUCUCCAUUUGAGACUUGAAGAUUAUUGUAAAGAUUCUCUGGAAAUUUACGACGUGAUAAGUCGCAGAACUUUGUUUCGCGGCUGUUCCGAUUUAAGUCGUCCCAUUCGAGUACAAUCAACGUCAAACAGUGUCGAGAUUCUACUAAGAACUAAGUCAAGGAGUAUUUAUCCAAAACGAGGGUUCCUAAUUCAUUACAAAGCUGUCGGCUGUAUACUUCCUUCAACGCCAUCGAAAGUAAUUUUGGAUUAUAAUUACGAGAGUCAGGCUAGGUUUAUUUGUCAACCAAAGCACGUUUUUCCAGACUCAUCCCAACCAGAAAGAGUUCUUCAGUGUGAAAACGAGACUUGGAACGAUACAUUGGUUAAUUGCGUCGAACUUGAAGAAGUGCACGGAAGUGGUCCAGUUGAUUUGUGGUUUAACGAUCGCUUGAGAAAAGACAACAGAAUGAGUUCUGGCGAUGAGAGCAUGUUUGAUGACAUUCUUUUACCGAUAUUCAUCGUUUCUGGACUUUUCAUACUCAACGCAAUUGUAUUUAUUGUGAUAAUUCGUUAUCGCAAGCUUCAGAGACGGGAAAGCCUUGAUCGCGAGUUAGCUGAUCUUUAAAAAAAUUGAAGAAAAAAAGUUUUUUGAUGAUCUUUUUGUCCUCUUAAAUGUCCAGCUUAUGCUUAUUUGUAAGCAAGAUAGAAAAAAAUUGAGAUCAAAACAAGAAAGAAAAAAUGUGUUACUUAGAAAUUGAUAUAAGAAAAUUUUUUGUCCAAACACAUUGCGCUAGAUAUUUAGAUAUUCACGCAACUUUUUAUCAAUUAGCGAAAGCAGAUUUAAAAAAUUCGUAGGUUCAACAAUUUUAAAAUGAUUGAUAAAUAUUUACAAUGAUAUAAUGAGAAGUAAAUAAUUGAGAUAGAACCCAAACUCAGAUUAAUGUUAAGCCAAAGAUGAUAUUCAAGAAAGGACUAAAGAAGAGAAACUUUUAUUUUUUAUUGCGAAAAUUUGCUGAAAAUAAGAAAAGAAAAACAUUAGAAAAAAUUAAAUAAAUCAAGCGAAUCUCAUCUGAGAUGAAAUGUUGCUUCAUAUUAAAAUAAACAAAA